AUGCCUGGCGAUUCUUCUUUACGUCCAUAUUAUGAUCAUGAUACCUUCAACGCUGGGUAUCUGGUCAUUUAUAAACCAGGCAUUGGCGUUGUGGACACCGCGACUGAUAAACCUAUCAUCGCAUCAUUAGGUCAAUCUCUAGGGAACUCGCUUGCCGGAAAGGGUGUUGGUAUCAAUGGUAUCAAGAAUGCCGGUAACAGAACCUCUUUUAGCUCGGUUGGACCUGGUGGAGACAAAAACUAUGUAUAUGACUUGGAAUUCCUGGAAUAUUUUGACUUCAGCAAUCUCCUGGAACUUCUCAAAAACUUGUUUUGGAAUUUUUUUAAAAACUACUGCAAGGUCGUGGUAUCUCAGCCUUUAGAAAUUGUCAGAUUGGUUUUGCAAGUUGGCUACUUUGACUUUUCAACCUCGAAACCCCGGCAAACGUCAAAGAACCAUCGCAGACUUGCUGCAAGCAUAAAUAGUUCGACGGGUUCCAUGGUUUCCGAAGGCGAUUUGCUUUCGAGCUCAGAGGGCGAAGAAGAGAUUGAUUUUUUCCAACUGACUCACGGCGAACCCCCAAUGCAGAAAUCCGUGGUGUCGAAGAAACAGAAACCUGUAUCAAAGACCUCAAAGAUUCAACCUGUUUCCGCACAUACGGUCGAUAUAUUGACCGCAAUUGCUUCAAAAGAUGGACCAUUUGCUUUAUUUCGUGGAGUGAACGCGUCAUUCAUCCAUCAUACCUUGUUACACACAAUAGAAGCCUGGAUCACUGGCUUCCUCUCUCCAUUCUUGGGGAUCCCCGAUCCCUUCUUCCUUGAUCUCACGCACCUGACUGAGCCUGCCAAAUCACUAUGGCUAUCUGUGCUGGCUUGUGUAUUGGCAGGUGUUGUAUUGAUGCCGUUGGACCUAAUCAAGGUAAAACUCAUGCUAACCCAAUUCAACAAGGCCAUACCUUCAGAUUCAAAUGAACAAAGCCCCUCAGCAACCUCAGGCUCCGAUGAAGAAGAACAACUGGCAGAAAAGGUGAAAACCCGUUCAGUGAGAGAAUCCAUAAAGUAUUAUCCUAUCCGAUACGUCUUGCAUCCCCCAUUCACAAUAACUUUGUUGACGGUUUUGCAUCAGUUCUCAACGACCGUAUUCCGCAAAGCUUCGCCGUAUAUUUUGUUUAUCCGCUACAAUGUGGAUGCAUAUUCGGCUCCUAAUUGGUACACGAUGGCCAAUUUGUUUCUACUGAUUGCUGAAUUAUUCAUCAAGCUACCUAUGGAAAAUUUGUUACGAAAAGAACAGGUGAGAUUCCUACUUACACCGAAGAGCAGUGAAAGUGACCCACACAGAGUUGUCACAAUCGACAACCCUGAUGAAGAUCUUAUAGUGACUUUCAAUAAUUGGGAUGCUGCACAUGCUCACAGGACGAAUGGUGAACUUUCUCUUUGGCAAAGGAUCAGAUUACUUGGACUUUUCAAUGGCUGGAGAGUAGGCGUCCUCAAUGUAAUUGGGUUUUGGGGUUACAACAUAUUUCGGUCUAGCGAAGUGCUCACCGAGGAAAAGCUUUAG